AUGCUUUUUGGAUUGAGCCUAUUUGCUUGCCUUUUGGCGUUGCCAGCUGGUCUGGCUGCGUCUUCUACCUCGGCUGCUCUCGCAGGCUGGCCCGAGUGCUCAAUCAAAUGCCUCGCAACUGCCAUCGGAAACUCGACAUGCUCUGCCACAGAUCAGGCUUGCAUGUGUACUAAUGAGCAGCUUCAGUUGGAAAUGAACGUAUGUGUCAAGCAGGAAUGCACCAUCAAAGAAUCGUUGGUCACGGCCAACCUGACAAUGACCAGCUGUGGCGCUCCUAUUCGAGACAAGUCAAACGAAUACCUCAUCUUGUCCAACACUUUUGCCGUUAUUACUGGCCUGUUCAUCGUUCAGCGGUUUGUCUCAAAGAUCUACUGGAAGCUUCCUCUCGGCCUCGACGACUGGUUCAUGCUUAUCACCUUUCUCUCUGGUAUUCCGAGCUCGGUCAUUACUGUCCACGGCACGGUAGCAAACGGCUUAGGCCGUGAUAUUUGGACCCUUAACCCGACUGAAAUCACCAAUUUUGGAUAUUUCUUCCACGUCAUGGCUAUCCUCUACUUCGCCCAGGUUACCCUUCUAAAGCUGUCCCUCCUGUUCUUCUACCUUCGCAUCUUUCCAACUGUUGGUGUUCGGAGGACUCUCUGGGCCACCGUCGUAUUCAACUGCCUUUUUGGAUUGGCUUUUGUGUUUACCGCUGUGUUUCAGUGUCAGCCCAUCAGCUAUUUCUGGAAGAAGUGGGAUGGUGAACACGAAGGACACUGCGCUGAUCUCAACGCCAUCACUUGGUCCAAUGCUGGCAUCAGUAUUGCUCUUGAUUUUUGGAUGCUGGCGGUUCCGUUGUCUCAGCUCAAGGCGCUCAAUCUGGAUUGGAAGAAGAAGAUUGGUGUUGGAAUGAUGUUUUGCGUGGGCACAUUCGUCACCAUUGUCAGCAUUCUGCGACUCAGAGCGGUUGUCAAGUUCAAAGCCGAGACCGAGAACGCGACUUGGGAGUUUCUUGAGGUUUCUAAAUGGUCAACGAUCGAGAUCAACGUCGGCAUGAUCUGCGCCUGCAUGCCCUCCCUUCGAAUUCUUCUGGUCCGACUCUUCCCCAAGAUUUUGGGUACUUCUCGAAGAUACUACCCCAACUACGCGAGCAACACUGGAAGAAACACCAACAAGAACAGGUCAAGACAGCUGGGCACCAAUGCUACUACAGAGGUGGAUACGACUAGUCGGCCGGUUGAGUCAAGGGGGAUUACGUAUCAACGUACCUAUGACGUGCAGUAUGGCGAUAGUGAUGAGACGCAAUUGGUUCAUAUGAAGGAUUUGGAUGCGAAGAGCUCUAGAUCUGGGGUUUCGGUAUAG